GGGGGUCUGAAGCCCGGCAGCCGCCGCCGGGAGAAGUCUCGAUCGACGGGCGGGCGGCAGGAUGUUGCGGCUGCGCUGCAAGGCCCGGAGUGGCUCCUACCCGCUGCCCGGACUCUCGGCGCAUUCCUGCUUGCGCGAGCUCCAGGCAGCGCUGGCCGCUCUCACCGGGGUGCCAGUCCAGGCCCAGCGGCUGCUGCUCGGCUUCCCCCCGCGGGGCAUCGACCUCAGCGACGGGGAGCGGCGCCUUGGAGAGCUUGGUAUUCAUUCGGGUGAUACUCUGAUAGUUGAAGAAGAUGCCAGCAACUCCAGGACUGAGUCUUCCAUAGUUACAAAACGGACUGCACUUAAUUCAGUCAGGGACACUGUUCCUGUGCUUGCCCGGAGAGUUGUUCCAGCAGAUAACUCAUGCCUCUUCACCAGCAUAUUCUAUGUGGUAGAAGGUGGUGUUUAUGACCCAGCAUGUGCCCCAGAGAUGAGAAAUCUUAUAGCCCAGAUUGUAGCAAGUGAUCCAGAAUCAUAUAGUGAGGCAGUACUAGGAAAGACUAACCAAGAAUACUGUGAAUGGAUCAGAAGAGACGAUACAUGGGGAGGUGCAAUUGAGGUUUCUAUUUUGUCUAAGUUCUAUCAAUGUGAAAUUUGUGUAGUGGACACUCAGACAGUCAGAAUUGAUCGCUUUGGGGAAGAUGCUGGCUAUGCUAAACGGGUCCUUCUAAUUUAUGAUGGUAUUCACUAUGAUCCACUUGAGCGCAAAAUCCCUAAUUCAGACAUUCCUCCCCAGACAAUUUUUUCAGCAUCGGAUGACAUUGUCCUUGCACAGGCUUUGGAGUUAGCAGAUGAAGCCAGAAGAAAGAGGCAGUUCACUGAUGUAAACCGGUUUACACUGAGAUGUAUGGUAUGUCAGAAAGGAUUAACAGGGCAAGUGGAAGCCAGAGAACAUGCCAAGGAGACGGGACAUACCAACUUUGGAGAGGUGUGAAUUUUUGUGUGAGGUUAUUCUUACCUACUACCUCACUGAUCCAGAACAAGCAUCCAGGUUUUACAUAAGCUAUAUUUAAUAAUAAGAAUUCAUUCAAAACUUAAAGACCCUAUUAACUUAAUUAUGAAUGAUGCUCACAGGCUUGCUGUGGUUAGUGUGAGAAGUUUACAAGUGUGUAUAGAGUGGUAUCAUUUCCUUCCAGCUGAUCUGAGUGUUCUUCUGUAUGUCUAGGAGAACUGAACAGCUGUCUAUCAACAGCUGCAUCAGUUCUUGACAACUACCAGGUGCAGGAAUUCUUUUGUGACAUAUCUUAAUAAACACACACACACUACUGUAGCUAGACUUGUGUAUAGAAUUUUAGAAUCACUGAUGGAAUAAAAUUUUUAGCUCAUCUGCUGAUGUCUUGAUCUGCUGAAUAGUUAUGGCGGUCUCCAUUUGCUUCAGCUUUGUUCAUGUGAAGACUUGUGUAUACUUGUAUAAGUAAAAGCCCCAUGGUUACUGCCACUUAAUGUAAUCUCAAAAUUUGUCUGUUUUAAGUCACUGAAUAAGAGUACACUGUGGAAACUAGUGGUUGUGUUUUAAAAGGUCUUAAUCUGAAGGCAUUGUUUUCAGCAUUCUUAGGCAGUAAAAUGUGAAUACAAUUUCAUGGGUAUUUAAUACAUUGGAACUGGCUGCAUUGAUGCUUUGGGGCAUUAAUGGCAUAUUUUUAGAAAGUUACUGAAAUGGUAACAGAUUCCAGCAACGUAAAUUUGGAUAUUUUAAAGUAGAUAAUCUAUAUAUGAAACUUAACAUAUAAAGAAUUGGGGAUUAUUUUGCUUGCCAGUUGUGCUGAAAGAGGAAUGAGUUCUCUGUCUUCUGAGUAAGUGUGGCCGUACCACACCCUGACUACUGCUAGCAGAUUGCCCUUGGAACCAAUACGCUUCCCAAAAGAUUAUUCUCAUGUGUACCUGCUUUGGGGGGCUGGGUGGUGGUGGUAGAGAGAGCUGGUCUGCUUUUAUGUGCUUUGUUGCCAAAGAGGGUUGGGUCUAACUCUCUGGAAGUUACAAACUAGCUUUUGCUUAUAUGUUUCAGGACAUUAUUUGUAACCUGUCAGCUGUAUCGUCUACACUUUUAACAUAUUCAAGUUUUUUUUUGGUUUCUGCAUUGUGGUGAUUAUAGUUUUGAUUAAAUGUCACUUGAGUGCCUAUAUUAGGAAGACAUCCAUUUUAAUGAUAAGGUAAAUACUUUGUUUCCUUUAAAAAUACUUUCAGUAUUAAAUCGUGCAGCUUACAGAUUUUUAUUGCAGAAAAAGUACAUUUUAUCUUGGAACCAAGCUAAUUUAUGCUGUCUUUAAGAAGAGGGGGAGGAGUUGCGAAGAGAGAACCCUGGAAGGGUUUAUGAAACGGUAGUGUUGCCACACUGGGUUUUAAAAUAACUUCACAUACACUAAAUAAGUAGAACUAACUCCUUAAAAAGGUGAAAAUGGUGUUAAGACAAGAAAAUGUCUAGUUGUCAUUGUCUCUGUAUCUUGUAGCAGGCACAGUAGAUGAGCUUAAUUUUUUUCCCGGCACCUGGAUACUGAUUCCGAGUAUUUUGAAAAUACUUCAGUUGCUUUGUUGAAUUGCUAAAUUGGAAGAAAGACGUUGGAAUACCUUCUGAUUACUUAUACUUGACUAAAGCAGUUAGAAAAGUUUGAAGCUUUUUUUUUUAAAGAAAUAUUAGGUGAGUACACAUUUACAAACAUUAUUUCAAUUAUAAAACCUAGAUAUCAAUUUCCCCCACCCUUUCCCUUUUCUAAUGACUUCCCACAGUUUUCCAACCCAUAUCUUAUUCUAUAACUUAUUUUUCUAUUCUCUCUCUAUAUAAUUAACUCUUAUUACAUUAAUAAACUAAAUAAUUUCCAUUAACCUCAAAUCUAUUUAAAAUUUAAACUUUACAAUAAUUAAAACUUUUCUUUAAGUGGUAAAGAUUACUGUCCCCACUAAAUUCCCCUAAUAACUUUCAAAUUGCCACAGUUUCCCCUUCACGUCCCACUUUUUUUCCAAAUACUCCUUCAAUCUACCCCAAUCCUUAAAAAAUUCUUCAGCAUUCUGGUCUCUCAGCCUUCUUGUCAUUUUGUCCAUUUCCACCAUGUACAGCAACUUUUGUAUCCAAUCUCCAAUAGAUGGUAUUUCUUGCACUUUCCAUUUCUGCGCAUACAGUAUUCUUGCCGCUGUUGUCAUGUAAAAUAGCAAUGUUCUAUGUUGUAUAGAAACAUCCUCCAUAUUUAAGUUCAGUAGCAGGAAUUCUGGGUUCUUUAUUAUUGAAGUCUGCAAAAUCUCAUUUAUCGUUUCUAAAAUAUCUCCCCAGUACUGCCUAGCUACCUCACAAGUUCACCACAUAUACAGUGAUCCUUCAUGACUUUUACAUUUCCAACAUUUAUCAGACAUUUUAGCAUUUCCAUAAGCUAUUUUUUUUGGCGUCAAAUACCACCUAUAUAUCAUCUUAAAAACAUUUUCUUUAAUACUGGUACAAGUUGAAGUCUUCAUUGUAUUUUUCCACAAAUACUCCCAUGACUCCAUUGUUAUGUCUCUUUGACAAUUUAUAGCCCACUUCACCAUCUGGACUUUAACAGUUUCAUCCUCUGUGUGCCACUUCAAAAGAAUUUUAUAAAUUUUUGAGAUUUUCUUCUUACUUUCUUGCAAUAUAGCUUCUUCCAAUUCCGAAUCUUUCCAUUUAAUUCCACUUUUUGAACGAUCCGAGUUAUAUAAGUCCUUUAUCUGCCUAUAUUGAAACCAUCCAUAACAUGAACCUAACUCUUCUUCUGUUUUGAUUCUUAACAUAUUUUGUUCCUGUAUGAGAAUCUUUAUAGGACAGACAUUGAUCUCUAUUGUAAAUAACUCUCGGGUCGAUAGAUGCAUAUGGUACCGCCUUCACCCAGGUAACUUUUAUAUUUUUUCCAGAUUGUGAAGAGACUCCUUCUCACAUAAUGAUGUAGAAACAUAGAAUCAGCUUUCAAUUUAUCUUGCCACAAGUAGGCAUGCCACCCAAACAGUUUUUUAUAACCUUCCAAAGUUAAUAGCUUACAGUUCUCCAAUGACAUCCAAUCUUUAAGCCAAACCAAACAAAUCGCUUCAUAGUAUAGUCUAAUAUUCGGCAAUUGCAGUCCACCUCUUUCCUUGGCAUCGCACAAAACUUUCAUUUUUACUCGCGGUUUCUUGCCUGCCCAUACAAAAUUAGAAAUAGUCCUUUGCUACUUUUCGAAUUGCUUAAUGUCUCUAAUAAUUGGAAUUGUUUGUAAUAAGAACAUAUUCCGAGGUAACACAUCCAUCUUGACUGCGGAAAAGUUUGAAGCUUUUAACAGCUAACUGUUCCAAAGUAUAAUAAAUUAGAUUAAAUCAUGUUUCUCAUGAAGUUAAUUCACAUUCCUCAGAGCUUUGAAAGGUCCUGGAUAGAAAUAUGUAAUUGAAAAGUGCCAAAGCCAUUCAUGUUUGUGAAAAUGAGUGUUGAGGAUAGGAUUUAGCAACCACAGUGGAGAUAACUCAAGUAGUCGCAUGUAGACCCAGCAUAUUGAGCUUACAGAACAGCAUGGGGUGGUGUAUCUAGCAUAGUAGAAUAGAAACCAUGAUGACCAGUUCCAGCAUUAGACAAAGUGGUUCCAUUACACAAACUGGGUGGGGAUUUAAUUUAUUCUCUGACAUUUGCACAGUCCAGAGUAUCUAAUAUGUUGUAAUACAAUGUUGGAAUAAGAUCACAGUUGAUGUGCCAUAUAGUUUCUGGGGUUUAUUGCACUUCCAUUGUUGAUAUAGGUAUGUUGAGCAUGCUGUUAUACAAAACCUCUUUUUAUGUCACUCUUUGGAACAGAUUCUUAAACUAUUUAUAUUUAAGUGAAUACCCACUAACUUCUCCAUCAAUGAGAGCUACAGCCAUUGCGCCCUACAAGUGAUAGGUUGCUUUGGCUUAGUUAAAGUUAGUUUGAUGUCUCCCUGCAAGUAGUGGAGCAAGCUAGUCAAAAAAUAGCAAGUUCUAUAACUUUCAAUAAGACUUUAUUACAAUGAGUGAAUUCACAUAUAUCAUUCACAGUGCUUUUGAGCCUCUCCUGUUGUUGUGCAUGUGUAAAAGGCAGGUUUAAUGAACUUAUCACAUUUCUAAAUCUGAUGGUAACUAUGCAAGGUGGAGGCUUUACAGCUGCAUUUCAACGUUCUGCAAUUUUGGGUGUAGCCUGUGAGUGUGUCACAUCUGAAAUGCAUUUUUACUCCUCCACCCAGUAUUUUUUCCAUACGCUUGUAUAUGUUUAGGAAUGUAUCUGGUGCCACAAAGCAGAAUUUUUUUUGAUACUUUCUUGUGUUUUAGUUCUAUGAGUAGGCAAUUGUAAAAUAGUGUUACUUUUUAAAAAUGAUGCAGUUGCACAGAUCAAGAAGAAACAUUAAAUGGGAGGGAGAAUGAAUGCCUAAAUUGUCUGCUUAAGGGUUUUUUUCAUGGGGGGCAGUAAGUAAUUACUUACAGAAAACUUCACAGGGGUACACCAGUGACAUAUCAUAACUGGUACCACUUUAAUAAUUAAAAGGAUGGGAAGCUAUUUGAAAUCAUCUAGAAUGGUGACAUUACAUUUGAUGAGAUGAUAUGCUGCAAGAAAGGAAUGUGCCAGGUAGUGUUCUAUAUCUAGACUUUUUGGUGAUACAGGUAUUAUAUGAUUAUAUCAGCGUAUCAUUGCUGGGUGGCAUCCAGUUUAUACAAUAGAAGAGUGUUUUCUUUAAUGCAACCUGUAAGAGGGUGUGGUGACACCCUCAUGGGAGUAUGCUUCUCAUAGGAGAAGUAUACUACAUGAAUUGCUAUAAUUUACAUUUCAAGUGAUGUGAGAGAUGAUACUUCAGAAGUACCAAAACACAUUAAAAAUUUUAACUUUAAAAAGUUGUGGCUUUUAGCUGUAGCUCCAUUUAAGCUAGAUAUAAGGUACUAUGCCCAUCAGCUUUUAAUAGGCCUAGUGCAUUGGUGUUCUCUGCAUCUUGCAGAGAGUCAUGUUCACAGUUUACCAUCAGCCAAAAGAGUUACGACUGCUAUAUGCCCUAUGCACCUCCCCACCAAACCCACAUAUCCAUUAAUAUAACUAUGGCCUUUUUAAUUACCUGGGUAUCUCUGUAGGGCUAUCUCUCCCUACCAUCGUUGAACCUUGGCCACUCUUGUGUAUCUGGAGUAAGGCUUCCCUCUGCCUUCCUACUUCCUCCUCAGCAUCAGGCACAGCUUUUCAAGUGAGAGAGUGAGAUUGCCAACGUGUCCAGAGGAAAGCAAGCAAGCUGUGGAGAAAGGGGAGUAAAGCCACUAUCAUUUUGCUGUUUGUUGUUUUUCUGGGUGGUGACAAAUUUACUUGCUCUUCUCUGCAGUCAGCUUGCUCUCCUAGUAGUUGCCUGGUGCUGGGAUUAGAGUAUAGAAGCUGUAGUGAACGGUGGAGAUUUUUGAAGAGGAUAGAGCUUUUGGUUGUUGGGGGUUUUCCGGGCUGUAUUGCCGUGG